UUGGCGGCAGUGCGCCGCUGUCCCGGGCGCGCAACAGCUGACGGGAGGCGCACUCCCCUCGCCCCGCCGCCGGCCGGGUGCUCCCCCCUGCCCCCGCCGAGCUGGUGCGUGCGCCACACCCCCCGCCUCGUCCCUCACCCCACCUCUAAUCCAUUAUUUACGGACGGACGACCGGUUUCAGGCGCGUUCGCUGUACCCGCCGCUUCACGAUCGUUCAAAUUUAAUGCCCUUCCUAUGUCCGGCCUCUAA